AUGGCGGAGCAUUCCAUCACAAUUUCUUCUAUCUGUGUGCCGGAGGAUGCAGUAAGACUUAGCUUGUUUUCAUUUUCCUUGGCUGGAGAAGCUAAGAGGUGGUUGCAUUCGUUUAAGGGAAAUAGCUUGAAGACUUGGGAGGAGGUUGUAGAGAAAUUUUUGAAGAAAUAUUUUCCUGAGUCUAAGACAACUAAAGGCAAGGCAGCUAUCUCCUCAUUCCAUCAAUUUCCAGAUGAAUCUUUGAGUGAAGCACUUGAGAGAUUCCGUAGCUUGCUACGAAAAACACCAACUCAUGGAUUCUCCAAGCCAAUUCAGCUAAAUAUUUUUAUAGAUGGUUUGAGACCACGGUCCAAGCAGUUAUUGGAUGCUUCUACUGGAGGGAAUAUUAAAUUGAAGACCCAUGAAGAAGCUAUGGAGCAUAUUGAGAAUAUAGCUGCUAGUGAUCAUGCCAUUUUAUGUGAUCGGACUCAUAUUCCUACAAAGAGAAGCCUAUUAGAGCUUUCCUCACAAGAUGCACUAUUGGUUGAAGGUUGUAGCAUAUGUGGAGGAGCUUAUGAAUCUGGUUGUUGUAUAUGUCUAGAUGAAGCUGCACAAGAAGUGAAUUAUAUGGGGAAUCAGCACAGACCAGGAUUUAAUGCAGAUGGAUUUGCAGACCAAGGAGGAUCAUCCAACAGGCCUCAAAAUCAAGGGCCUAGCCAUUAUGAGAGAACAACCAAGUUGGAGAAGACUUUGGCUCAGUUCAUGCAGGUUACUAUGUCUAAUCACAAGAGCACAGAGUCUGCCAUAAAGAACCUGGAGAUUCAAGUGGGACAGCUAGCCAAGCAAAUAGCUGAGAAUUCUUCUGGAAAUUUUGGAGCUAAUACCGAGAAAAAUCCCAAGGAAGAAUGUAAAGUUGUCAUGACCCGAGGCAAGAAGGCGAUCAUAAUGGAAGAUGAAAGGAGGAAUGGUGAUGAGCAAGAGUUAUAA